AUGGAAUCUUCGCCUCAAGUUUGUAUGGCGGCUGUGGAAUUAGAAGUUGGUAAUACACCGCUGAGUAUUCGGCGUCAGUUUGAUCCCGUAGCUCACGGAUUAGAGCCUAAUUUCAAACUUACUAAAUACUCUGAAUUAAGAGGAUGAGGGUGUAAAGUCCCUCAAGAGAUCUUGCACAAGUUGCUUGAGGGACUCGAACAAGAUGGAAAUUUACAAGAUGCUGGAGAACAAGGGCAUUUUAUGCACAUGGCUAUUGCGCGACAUGGCAUUGGUAUGGAUUGCAGUAUUACUCCCUUAAGGCAUGGAGGAUUACAAUUGGUUCAAACUACAGAUCUCUUUUACCCUAUAUGUGAAGAUCCUUACAUAAUGGGAAGGAUAACAUGUGCAAAUGUACUUAGUGAUCUGUAUGCGAUGGGUGUUACUGAGUGCGAUAAUUUGCUGAUGCUUUUGGCUGUUAGUAAUAAAAUGAGUGAGAAAGAAAGGGACAUAGCUAUACCACUACUCAUGCGGGGUUUUAAGGAUUGUGCAUAUGAAGCUGGAACUAAUGUAACUGGAGGUCAAACUAUUAUAAAUCCAUGGAUGACACUUGGAGGUGUUGCUACUGCUGUCUGCCAGACAAAUGAAUUCAUAAUCCCAGAUAAUUCUGUAAUUGGAGAUGUUUUAGUCUUGACCAAACCUUUGGGCACUCAUGUUGCUGUAAGUGCUCAUCAGUGGCUUGAACAACCUGAGCGAUGGAAUAGAAUCAAACUGGUUGUUAGUGAAGAAGAUGUACAGAAAGCAUAUCAGAGAGCCGUGGAUAGUAUGGCUCGAUUAAACCGAAUUGCUUCUCGACUUAUGCACAAGUAUAAUGCCCAUGGUGCUACUGACAUAACUGGCUUUGGAUUACUGGGUCAUGCACAAAAUUUAGCCAAAAUACAGAAAAAUGAAGUUUCUUUUGUCAUUCAUAACCUUCCUGUUAUUGCAAAAAUGGCAGCUGUCGCUAAAGCAUGUGGAAAUAUGUUUCAACUUCUUCAAGGGCAUUCUAUUGAAACUUCAGGAGGUCUUUUGAUAUGCUUGCCUCGGGAGCAGGCCGCUGCAUAUUGUAAGGAUAUUGAGAAACAAGAGGGAUUUCAAUCUUGGAUCAUUGGCAUAGUCGAGAAAGGCAAUCGCACAGCAAGAAUCAUAGAUAAACCUCGAGUGAUUGAAGUUCCAUCUAAAGAAAGGGAUGGGGAGCUUUGGUAGAAGCUCUGGCAUUACUCCAGUUUUUGAUCAUUCCAUAAAAAUUUGUUGUAAUUCAAUUGUUUUCAAUUAUAAAAUUGACAUAUGCGAGGUGUAACAUUGUGAACUCAUUCUAGCCACAUUUCUGUGAACUAGGAUGGUGUAUCUCAAACAUUGGCAUCUGUAAUAAUUAUUCAAGAUUAAUUUACAUUCUUUGGGAAAUAAAUAAAUAUUCAUUUGCACAAUU